CUAAAGCUCAAAGUCUUCCCAGCUAGAAUCAAACAAGAAGAAAAUAAAUAUGGCUUCGUUGUUAGAGAGUGAUCGUCAAUGCUAAUAUUAAUCAAAGUCGACGGAAUUAAAAAAAAAUAAUAAUAAAUAAAUUACACGGAGGACUCCACGUUCCCAAUCCCCACGUCAAAUGAUCCAAAAGCACGCCAAGUCACGACUUUGAAGAUCCACCUUAAAUGAACCAAGGGAGAUACUUGAUAAACAUCUUGCUUUUGACAAAGGUAAGCUUUGGCUCAUUUAAUUAAGUGAUUGUCUAUUUGUUGUCCACACAUAUUAUAGUGAUUUAUUUUUAAAUUCUUCACCAGUACUCCAGACUGGGAAGACAGACUUUUUUUUUUUUUUUUAUACACUGAAGAAUUAACUUAUAAGGAAUAAAUCACCUGUGCUGCUUGUUCUUCCUCAUAUUUCUCCACAAUGGAGGAUAUGAGAGAUUCAACUGCAAUGCCACAAAUUGUGAAAAUUGUGAGGAUGUUUGUUAAGUUUCAUCCGCUAUUGACAGUUAGUCGUCUUAUCUUUGGGGUUAUAUUUCUACAGGAUUGGGUUGAAGAUGAGCUGAGUAAUCAAUGGAAAAUGCUCAAGGUUUAUUGCCAAUUAGCAAUGAGAGCUUCGCUAGAUCCGAUUAAUGAGAAGAUGAAGAAUCUAUCUGAAGUCCUCCAAAUGCAUCUCAACAAUGAAGCAACAAAGGGUUAGCUAAAGGCCAAGUUGGUCGGUAAGCUUGCCCUCUUCUUCGCCACAUUUCUCUUGCUGGAUACAAAUUUUAAUUCAAAAUAUGAUAAAGUGGGGCCAAAACACUAUUAUUGUUGCAUGUUGCCCUUGACUUGCUAAAUCGUUCGAACGUUUGGAGUCAACUCAAAAUUCUAUGUGGAAGAUCUAGUUGCAUAACAAAUUCAACAUCAAACGUCACCUUCUUUAUUCUAGCACUUGUUUUUUAAAGAUUUUACGAUAAUUCAUUAAGGAGCCUCAUUGCUGUGCUGUGCAUCGCAAUUUUUCUUUUAUGUGUACUAGUUGUAUUAUAGUUGCGGACAGACUUUGGGUUGUUUAGUUUCAUCAUUGGAGUCAUUGUAUCGAUUACUUACAACCGGUUCAAGUUCAUGUUUCCGUCAUGGAUAAUUGCCUCCAUUUGUUUUGUGCUGAUUAGUUUCAAAA